CGUUGACUAAACUCCGAGUGUCUCUCUCCUUCCUCUCUCACUCUCUCUGCAGCCUCACACUCUUCUCUCUCUCCCUCUCCCUCGCUCUGCCUCUCACACACUCACCCCUGCUCGCUGCUGCAGACAUGGCCGAGGCUUUCGUUGGCACGUGGAACCUGAAGGAGAGCGAGAAGUUUGAUGAUUACAUGAAGGAGCUGGGUGUGGGUUACGCCACCCGUAAGUUGGGAGGCCUGACCAAGCCCACUACCAUUAUCUCAGUGGAUGGUGAUACCGUGACUCUGAAGACCCAGAGCUCCGUCAAGAACACAGAGCUCAUCUUCAAGCUGGAUGAGGAGUUCGACGAGACCACCGCUGAUGACAGGAAGGUUAAGUCCAUUGUAAAAAUAGACAACGGGAAAAUGGUGCACGUACAGAAGUGGGACGGCAAAGAGACCAGUCUGGUCAGAGAAGUCAACGGAAACGCCCUCACACUAACACUUACAAUCGGAGAAGUCGUUUGCACGCGUCACUAUGUAAAAGCAUAGUAAAAAACCCAACCCAGAGUCGCUCACCCUCCCCCCCGCAUCAUCUAUUCAUCUAAAGCUUCUGUGACAUGAUCUAUGUUAACGGCACCUCAGCCCAGGCCGAGCAGCCGGACGUGGUGUGCGACUGAUGCCGAUUCCCCCUCUUCUCCCUUUCAGUAUCUAAGAUCAGCAUUGCUCCUGUCCUUCUCUUUAUACUGUUGUUCAAACACUGAAUAAAUUCCAAUGAGUUUUUGUUUGUUUUGUUCUCUGAACAGGCCUGUGGAUUUUUAAAAAAAGAAAAUGUGUUGUGCAUGGUGCCUAUGAUAAACCUGGAAGUGUUAAAAACGUUUUGUUUAACUAUUGAGACCUGAAAAAUAAAAAUGAAAGUUUCCUCACAGUUGGAUGAAGUGGUAAAACAAUGA